AUGUUCAAUAAAUUUUUAUUAGGUAGAAAUCAACGAAAUAACUAUAACAAUCAUAAUAGAACCGCACAAACUAACGAAAAUACUAGAGUAUGCAAAAAACACAGCUGGUCAUCGCGAAGACCACAACAUGUAACAUUUAAAUCUUUAUGGGCUCACCAUACUCCAAUCAUAGAUAAAGAGAAUGUAGUAUCCGUGUCUUAUUACUCGCCAGACGUCUUAUCACAAAGUCUUCACCUGCCAGUGAGUAUAUCGGUUGUUUCGUCGUCAUCUUCAAAAAAACGGCGGCAACAUAGACACGUACAUUCGUUACCACACGAGCUGAAAACUCGGUAUAGAGUAUUACAGGAGUUAGGUUCCGGUGGUUUUGGAUUCGUUGUUUCGGCAAUUAGGCUUGCGGAUAAUCGUAAAGUCGCGAUAAAAUUCAUUUAUAAGAAUAAAAUACGUCGCUGGGCUUACGACAAGGAACUUGCCUUGGAUUUACCCAUGGAAAUAUUCGUAUUACGACGCGUCGAUCCACAUGAAAAUAUCGUAAAAUGCUUGGACAUGAUGGAAGAUAUAAAGUUCUAUUAUUUGGUAAUGGAAUAUCACGGUGCUCAAUGGUCGUCGAAUAACAACACCACAUCAUGCGAUCUAUUUGAAUGUAUCGAACAAUUUUCCGGGUUUCCCGAAUCUCGAGCACGUUAUAUUUUCCGACAAAUCGUGGAGGCAUUGUGUCAUUUGGACGCGCUUGGUAUUUAUCACCGUGAUAUAAAACUAGAGAACGUGACGAUAGACGAGCAUUUUAUGGUGAAACUGGUGGAUUUUGGGACGGCGGUGAUAAUUCCUAAAGGUGAAUCGAUAACUUUUGGUGGUUUGGUGGGAACUUAUUUUCCACCAGAAAUGAUUCAAGGACGAGAAUGGCAUCCUUGUCAUGUUCAAAUCUGGUCACUAGGUAUAUUACUUUAUCGGCUUCUUUUCUGUAUAACUCCGUUCGCAAAUAAAAAUGAUAUUUGCAUGCGCCCAUACAGGAUACCGCCUCGAGAAUGCAGUUACGAUUUAAGGGAUCUUUUAGACAAAUUGUUAGAAAAAGCUCCUGAAAACAGACCGUCAAUCUGGGAUGUGCUGAAUCAUCCAUGGGUAAACAAGACAUCGGCAUACACCAGAUUUGGAUCUUGGGAUUUCUCGACUAUCGAGUACAUUGUUCUCAGUUUAUGUGCUGCUUGGUCACCGUUGGGCGGAAGAAAUUUCGGAGCGAAUAUUGUUCGAUGA